GGCUGACUCACCGCUGGAGCGCCUGAACACAGAAGAAGAAGAAGAAGAAGUUUGAGAGAACGAGGGAGUGAGAAAAAACAAACAGAGCAACAGAAGGAAGGAGGGAGGGAGAGAAAGAGGGGAGUAAAUCAAAAUAAAUAAAAAAGUGUGGACGACUAGGAGGGGGGAGAGACAGCAGACAGCAGGAGAACGUCAGGUCGGGUCGGCGGGGUGAGAGGAGGAAAGAGAAAGUGAUUGUGGGAAAGAAAGAGAAAAAGAUUGAGACGUUACAGACGCAGAGGGGAACAGGUUAACAGAUCUGAGGUCAGGUGAGAGUGGGAGCAGGUAGGUUGGAGGUCGGAGGUCAAGCGGCGGUCAGACGCAAGGCUGACUGAGCUGCGGCCGCACAAACUGUCCCGCCGCCGCCCCAACCCCCCAACAACUGUCGCUUCACCGUCACCACACUGGGAGAACUGGGAGACCUGGUGACAAGGAGAAGCCACCAUGAGCGACCAGAACGUCGUCAAGGAAGGCUGGGUCCAGAAACGAGGUGAGUACAUCAAGAACUGGCGGCCGCGCUACUUUCUGCUGAAGACGGACGGCUCUUUCAUCGGCUACAAGGACAAACCGCAGGACUCCGACCUGGCCUACCCGCUCAACAACUUCUCUGUAGCAAAAUGUCAGCUGAUGAAGACGGAGCGGCCCAAGCCGAACACCUUCAUCAUCCGCUGUCUGCAGUGGACCACCGUCAUCGAGAGGACUUUUCACGUCGACACUCCUGAUGAGAGGGACGAGUGGGCCGAGGCCAUCCAGAUGGUAGCCGAGUCUCUGGCCAAACAGGAGGAGGAGGGCAUCCUGUGCAGCCCCACCUCCCAGAUCGAGAACGUCAACGAGGAGGAGAUGGACACCUCCAUCAGCCACUACAAACGAAAGACAAUGAAUGACUUUGACUAUCUGAAGCUUCUGGGCAAAGGCACUUUUGGGAAAGUCAUUCUGGUGAGGGAGAAGGCGAGCGGCACCUACUACGCCAUGAAGAUCCUCAAGAAGGAAGUCAUCAUAGCUAAGGAUGAAGUUGCUCACACACUCACAGAAAGUAGGGUAUUAAAAAACACUCGGCAUCCAUUCCUAACUUCUCUGAAGUACUCGUUCCAGACUAAGGAUCGGCUGUGCUUUGUAAUGGAGUACGUCAACGGAGGAGAGCUGUUUUUCCAUUUGUCAAGAGAAAGAGUUUUUUCGGAGGACCGCACCCGUUUCUACGGCGCUGAGAUCGUCUCUGCUCUAGAUUACCUACAUUCUGCCAAGAUCGUCUACCGUGAUCUGAAGCUGGAGAACCUCAUGUUGGACAAAGACGGCCACAUCAAGAUCACAGACUUUGGCCUGUGCAAAGAAGGCAUCACCGACACUGCCACCAUGAAGACCUUCUGUGGCACACCUGAGUACCUGGCUCCAGAGGUGCUGGAGGACAACGACUACGGGCGGGCGGUGGACUGGUGGGGUUUGGGCGUGGUGACGUACGAGAUGAUGUGCGGCCGCCUGCCGUUCUACAACCAGGACCACGAGAAGCUGUUUGAGCUCAUCCUCAUGGAGGAGAUCAAGUUCCCACGAACCCUGUCGGCCGACGCCAAGUCGCUGCUGUCGGGGCUGCUCAUCAAGGACCCCAACAAACGGCUGGGCGGCGGACCGGAUGACGCUAAGGAGAUCAUGCGACACAGUUUCUUUGGCACAGUCGACUGGCAGGACGUCUACGACAAGAAGGUGAGAGCAGGAUUUAGCUGCCGAGACGUCAUCCCGUCUUCAGUGGUAAUUUAUUCAAACAGCGUACCUGAGAUAUUCUGGUAUCAGGGUUACCUGAUUCCUCAAAAGACGUCUGGCUGCGAUGUAAAAACUCCAAAAUAG